GUGGCAAUGGAGACCAGAUAGACUGUCACAGCUUAUGGAGUGAGGGCAGUUAGUUCAUCGUUUCUGCUGUUCCGCUGCGGGUAAAGAAAGGGAUUCUACACUUAAUAAGCAGAGUACUCGGCCGGAUCAUGUGGAGAUACACAAACUUGCUUGCUUGUUUUCUAGUUUUAUGUAAGGAUGUUUCUGCGCAGAGCAAGAUCUUUGGUGAGACGGAGCCUGUGCGGAUGACCUCGGAGGGCUCGGACUGCCGCUGUAAGUGCAUCAUGCGACCCCUCAGCAAGGACGCGUGCCUGCACCUGCGGAGCGGCAGUUUACGCGUGGAGGACUUCUACACUGUGGAGACGGUCAGCUCAGGCUCUGACUGCAAGUGUUCCUGCACGGCGCCCCCUUCCUCCCUCAACCCCUGCGAGAAUGAGUGGAAGAUAGAGAAGCUGAAGAAGCAGGCACCCGAGUUGCUCAAGCUGCAUUCUAUUGUGGACCUCCUUGAGGGAACCCUGUACAGCAUGGAUCUAAUGAAGGUUCAUUCUUACAUCAACAAGGUUAUGUCCCAGAUGAAUACCCUAGAAGAGACGAUCAAAGCAAACCUCACGCGAGAGAAUGAGUUCGUCCGGGACAGCAUGAUGAGCCUGACUAACCAGUUUAAGAGAUACGAGAAUUACUCAAACAUUAUGAUGAGCAUCAAGAAGGAAAUCUCCAGCUUGGGUCUGCAGCUGCUACAGAGAGACUCCGCUGAGAACAAAGGACAGGCCACAAAUGGCGAGAAAACCAAGGAUGCUGUUAAGGCAGCCAACAAAAAGACCCCUGCCUCCAAACCUCCUCCCAAACCACCCAAAGAAAAGACUAUAAAGCCCAAGAAAGAGAUCGUCAAACCUGGAAAGACGGCCAAGCCUGACCCUACCGUCAAAGCCAAAAUAGCUGGCCACCAGCCCGGUGUGGUGAGGGGCAUCACCUACUACAAAGCCACCAAGGCUGACGGGGACGACCAUGGCACGGGCAGCAGAGACCACUCUGCCAAAACCUACACACUCCAUCAAGUCAAAGGGAGCCAGCUAGAGGAUAGAGGUGAUGAAGUGGUGCUGGAGACUGUGAGGGCAAGCACAGCCGAACCCGUAGCUGAAACUACCGUCCCCACCACCACCACCUCUACCACCACCUCGACCACAACUAAAACCACCACCACGACUGCUCCACCCACAACUCUUACUACCACCACCAACACUGCAGCGAGGCCAGAGAGACUGGCUCCCACCAUUAUGCUAGUACUGGAUAACUCCGAUAACAACAGCCAGCCUAUUCUCCACAGAGCAGGGAAGAUCCUGGGUUGCGAAGGGACUCUCGCGUCUAUCGAGCAUCCAGAGAAGCAGCAUAGCUAUGGGCGCAACGAGGGAGCCUGGAUGAAAGACCCCCUUACCAAGGACUCCAAGAUCUAUGUCACCAACUACUACUAUGGCAACAACCUGGUAGAGUUCCGCAACCUGGACAACUUUAAACAAGGGCGUUGGAGCAACCUUUUCAAACUGCCAUACAACUGGAUAGGAACGGGUCACGUGGUUUACAACGGGGCCUUCUACUAUAACAGAGCCUUCACCAAGAACAUCAUCAAGUAUGACCUGAGGAUGCGCUACGUGGCUGCCUGGACGUUGCUGCACGACGUGGUCUAUGAGGACACCACCCCCUGGAAGUGGAGGGGCCAUUCCGAUAUUGACUUUGCGGUGGAUGAGAGUGGCCUGUGGGUAAUUUACCCUGCCAUGGACUAUGAUUACAACCAGCAGGAGGUGAUUGUCAUCAGUAAGCUUGACCCCGGAGAUCUGUCCAUGAAAAAGGAAACCACCUGGAGGACGGGGCUGAAGAGGAACUCCUACGGGAACUGUUUCAUCAUCUGCGGCGUACUGUAUGCUGUGGAUGUGUACAACCAGAAGGAGGGGGAAGUAAACUAUGCUUAUGACACCCACACCAACACUGAAGCCAUCCCGCGUCUUCCAUUCGUCAACGAGUACACUUUUACCACCCAGAUUGACUAUAACCCCAAAGAGAAGGUCCUGUAUGCCUGGGACAAUGGCCACCAGCUCACAUACCAUGUAAACUUUGUUGACCAGUGAGCACAGCCCAGGUUGUAUUCUGGAUAAGCAUGUGGUAGAUCAGCCAGUCUGGCUCCUUAGUGGAAAGGAGAUGUUCAGUAUUUUACAGUCCAGCAGCAGUCAUAUUGGAUUUCAUAGGACAAAGAAAACCUACACCAAUGUCCUACUACAAACUCAUACUCCUCAGGCCACGCCAGCAGUGUAGCAGACAUACACUACAUAAACAAAGUGGAAGUAUGUUAGGUGUGAUGGCAUGUCAGAAAUGGACAAAGAACAGUGAAUGCAGUUUUGUUGUCAUAUCAUUCAUAAUGACUGGGUGUGUCGGUGAAAUGCCAGAUAUUUUCUGCCUAUAUUAUAUUGCAGUGGACUUUCAACUCCCUCCUACCAUCAAGCACUUUGAUAACGGUUAUGCUACGCUUUUAUUAUUCCGGCCUCGAGAUGCUGUCUGUCUUUUUAAUGUUGAUGUUGUUUGGUCGAUGUGUUGAAUAUAAUAUAAACUCCAAAAAAACACUCAAAAAAAUGUACAUUUGUUAAAGCCAAGAUUUUUAUAUUUACAUUCAUAACCUAUAGGUUUUUUUUCUUUUUUCCAUGAAUCUUUUUCCAUGGAAAAAUCCUGUGUUGUCUGAAUGUAUAGUUGCUGUUGUCGUUCAUAAUAUCUGCAUAACCGCUAAAUUUGGCAUAGUUAUUGACUCCUUGUCAGUUUUCACUCCACUGGAAAAUUAACAUCAGAGAUCAAUAAUGCUCACAUAUGUACAGUAGCGCUAGCUUGGCUACUUUCACCAACAGGAACCCUGAACCAUGAAUGUUAUUCUACAUUGACACACAAAUGAUUGAUUGUACAUCCAGCAGCAGUCUUGCACGCUGACCAUAUUUUCAUAUUGGUAAUAAUGAGCUUUAAGAGAGGGCGACGCUGUAUAGAAUUCUCCAGAGGGGUUUUGCACCACCACAUUAAUUUCUUUUGCCUGAAUUGUCUUGAGUGUUUUCUUUCAUUCAUUGAAAAAAGGGCAUAAUAACUGUAAUGUAGUAAUAUGCAAAGCUAUCUUUUUACAGGACUGAAAAUAAUGUCAUGAAAUAUAACAUGGCACACAAAACCAAUGUGCUUGUGUCUGUGCUUUAAAAUAAAAUUGUUAU